AUGCACCACCACAACUGGCAAAGUGUAGCUCAGGUCUCAGCAGGGGCCCGAAAGGCCACAGGGGUCAAGCUGGACACACAGUUCAUCCUUAUUGCCACUGCUUGUUCAAUUUACCACAAAUUCUUAUGCAAGAUCAACCUGGACACCUAUGACUGUUACCUGGUUGCCAUGCCUUCUAUUUACUUGGCUGGCAAAUUAGAGGAGUAACACCUGAGUACUCCUGAGUUCAUUAAUGUAUCCAACAGGUACUUUAACUAGAGCAGCAACCCUUUGGAGCUGGACUACGGCUUCUGGGAGUUCUGAGUUAGCAUUGUGUAUUGUGAGCUCCUCAUGUUGAGAAUUUUGCACUUCCAGGUCUUCUUCCAGCAUCCACACAAGUUCCUGCUCCACUACCUGAUUUCUGUCAAGAACAGCUGGCAGUGAACCCGCAUCUCUGUCACAGCCUGGGCCUUGCUGCGUGAUAGCUACCAUGGUAGGUUGUGCCUCCAGCUCCAGGCUCAGAACCUAGUUGUGGUAGUGUUAUACCCGGCCCUGCAGGUCUUUGGAGUUGAGGUGCCUGCUGAGGCUGAGGCCAAGAAGCCAUGGUGGCAGGUGUUUAGUGAUGAUCUUUCCAAGCUAACCAUUGAUAACAUGUCUGAUCUCAUUCAGAUUUAUAUCAUGGACACAGAAAUUCCCUUAAGCUCUGGUCCAGGACUCUCCAAAGAAGCCCAGUAUGGUUGGCUGCCUGGGGAUGGUGCCACCACAUCACUGUGA